CUUAGAUAGACUGACGUACUGUAUUUGAGAGCAAACAGAUGCGCAUCUAAACAUCGAGGGCUGCACAAACUACAUCACUCUACAAAAGAUGGAUACUACAAUCCUCAACAUGUAUCUGGCUACAGUGCUGCUCAUGGGCUGUGUAUGUGUGGUACCUCUCCAAGGUCAGAAGCCAGGACAGGUGGACCCCCUGACUCUGAGCAGGGCAUCACAGUGCUGGACCUCCUCCUCAGAACUCCUGCUGGAGAUGCGCUCCCCGAGGAUCGCUGACACCGUGCCUGCCUUCUGGGAUCUGAUGGUGUUCCUCAAGUCGUCAGACAACAGAAAGCACAGUGCUCUUUUCUGGGACCUGGCCCAGGUCUUCUGGGACAUCUAUGUGGAUUGUGUCCUGUCCCGGACCCAUGGACUGGGGAGGCGGCAGCUAACUUGGCCCCAUGAGCAGAUCACUGCAAUGCGCUCACUCGUCACUGACAAAUCUUUGGUUCAGGACUCACAGACGAACGUCUCCAAACUGAAGGAGUCAUCUCAGGGAUGGCUAGAGAUCCAGGUUCAGCACUUUGGACCAGGCAUUUUAAAUCACAUCAUUCGUACCAGGGGGAUCAAGAGUAGAUCUAUUCUUUAACCACGCAUUAUAAUUCAACCAA